AUGUCAGAGCUGUACCAUGAAGUGCCUCUUGGAUCUCGGCAAGUCCGUCUUCUGCGAUUCAUGCAGGACACACCGGAAGACAUCCUUCGCCUGGAGAUGAAAACAUUCUCGCUCGACCCAGCUGGCUCAUACACAGCUCUCUCGUACUGCUGGGGUAAAGAUGCACCGUCGAAGUUGAUUAAGAUCAACGGGCACGACGUACUGGUCAGAAGCAACCUCUUCGCAUGGCUGCAGCUAGGCGCCUACCAUAGCGAGACCAUCAAGUCGUGGUUCUUUAUCGAUGCCAUCUGCAUCAAUCAGGACGAUCUCCGCGAGAAAGCCAUCCAGGUCGAAUUCAUGGGCGACAUAUACAAAAACGCCAGCCGUGUCGAAGCAUGGCUCGGUCCAGACCGGGAGCUUCGUGAAGGCGAGCUCGAGUUGUGGAGAGCGUAUUGUCAACGUGUUUAUGAGAUACUUCAGACCUAUCCCGAGGAACCCCGUGAGCAUGUCCGCUUAUUGUUCCAGGCGAACCAGAGGAAUCUCAGCGCUGUACGUUUGAUCCUGAGCCUGUUGUUGGCAGAGUACUGGACUAGACUGUGGAUUGUCCAAGAAGUGACGUUCGGCAAGAAAUUGGACAUUCGACUGGGCGAACUUUGUAUUGACUGGACUGUGGUGUUGGAAUUGGGCCAUUUCUUCUUCAAAGGAUAUUCAAACUACGAUGGGAAGAGGCCCCAAGAAGAUCCCGAGUUGUUCAAAAGAUUUAUUGUGCAGACUCCAGCGGCAUGGACUCUCGAACAGCAGCCGGAAAUGAUUCGGGCUAUCCAGAUUCUGGAGCAGCGGGCAGAUGCCAUUCGGGAACCUGAUAGUCACCUUCCCCUCGGUACUGUGUUAGUGGAAUAUGCCUUCCAACAAUGCACCGUGCCUCACGACAAAAUCUUCGGCCUUAUAAGUCUGAGCCAGAGCAAGAUUAGAGUUGACUAUGAUAUGCCUCUUUCCUCGCUGUUCAUUCGCGCUUUCACGGAGAGUUUGAUGGAUAUCUGGAUGUAUUCCAACUUCCCCAAAGAUAACUGGACUGCCGCGCUAGAGACCGUUGCUCUGACUUCUGCCCUGCUGAAGUGCCUGUUGCAGACACACCCCUUCAAUCCGGUGGUGUUCACCGUCACGUUCAGUAUCUUAGAGAAAGUCGCGGAGAGAUCGACAGCAAGCGCAGCUGUGGGAGCAGCGACAAUGUCUGCCGGUACUUGGGUCCCCUUUGGAAUCUCUUCCCUUGACUACCUUCCAGAGAUCGUAGGCUGGUGGAUGGCGCCUGUCUGGUGGGCCUGGUCAAUGAUGUUGAUGUGGAUAUGUCGAAUGCGUGUAGCUGUCUGGAGAUGGGGUGGCUCCAAGAAGAGUAUGCCAGGCGAAAACGGGAGAGCGAUGCCACACUCGGAGUGGCGAGGUGAGGUGAUUCGUAUGUACGAUGAGGUACUCGAGGAAUUGCACUCCGGCUGCACUGUACUGAGAGAUAUAUACCGCCGCCUCCCGUAUUUGCUGAGCAUGGAACACCAAAAGGCGAAAGGACCGAUGCAAGGGGUGGUGCUAUUCCCGACACCAAACGAGAAAUCGGAGCUCUACUACCACAUCUUCAGUAUUUUUCGCAGACGACUUCAGUUCCUGGCCGAGGAAAACGUCCGUCAUGUCGAAUAUGACCGCAAACGAGUGCAGAUACGUGACCUCUUCAACAUUCUGGUCAUCGGUUUGUCGCAGGAUGUGGGGUGGUCGUGCAACAUGCUUCCUUUCUAUGAAAGGGUUGGUAAGCUCAUGCAGGAAGUCCAGGACGUAUUAGAAAGCUCCGAACAGCACCAUCGGAAAAAACGAUAA